AGCGCGCGCCCAACGGACGACAGGGCUUCGCGAGAGGAGGGUUCCCUGGUUACGAAGCAGGGAUGAAUGAUUCGGAGCGCGGCCCAGCCCCAGGUGAGGAGGAUGGUGGGGAGCCCGAGGAAGAAGGGGAAGAGGAGGAAGAAGAGGUCGCUGCUGGGGAUGUGGAUGCCGAGACUGCGCCGGGUGGGCGGAAGGUUCGUGGUGGGCGGAAAGCCCGGGGUAGGCCGCGCCUCACCGAGUCUGACCGGGUACGACGACGCCUCGAAUCCCGCAAGAAAUACGACGAGCGGCGAGUCUACCUGGGCGAGUCUCACGGCUCGUGGGUGGACCUGAGGCAGCGCAGUGGCUGGAGUGACGCCAAGCUGGCGGCUUAUUUACUGGAACUGGAACGAGAACAGCGGGCCGGGCGUCGCGGAAAACCAUGGGAGCAGAUCCCUUAUGAGUCACAGCGAAAGAAAAGAAGAAGGCGAAAUGUGAACUGCCUGAAGAACACAGUCAUCUGGUAUGAAGAUCACAAGAAUCGCUGCCCUUAUGAGCCUCAUCUCUCCGAGCUGGAUCCCAACUUUGGGAUGUACACCACAGCUGUUUGGCAAUGUGAAGCAGGGCACCGCUAUUUCCAGGACUUACACUCACCACUUAAACCACUCAGUGAUUCUGAAAAUGAAUGUGACAGUGUUGCCAAUGGUACUGGAGCUGGAAGCUCUGAGUCUUCAGAAGAAAGCUCUAGCUCUGAGACAGAGGAACAGCUGGAGAAUCAGAAAGACAAACCCCAGGUUCAACAAUCCUCAGCAAAUGCAGAAGGAGAAAAUUCCAGUGGCCUCAUCACACAGGAUGGCAUCCAUAUUCCAUUUGAGAACUUACAAGCAGAACAGGGUACUAGCAUGUGCCACAAUCCAUCCCUCAAUGGACCAGAGACGACGGCAACUGUGGUAUGCAUGCCAGUGCCCAUGCAGAUGGGUUCAGGUCAUGAAACCCUGUUUGAGAACGUUUCCCAAGAGACACUUGGAGAAGUAGUAGCCAGCUGCCCUGUGCAAGGUAUGAUGCAAGGUUCACAGGUGAUCAUCAUUGCUGGACCUGGCUAUGAUUCUCUCACAGCAGAAGGAAUCCAACUGAAUGUCACCAACACAGGAGAAGAGGAGCUGCCUUGUGCUAUGAUAGAGGGUAUAGCACCUUAUACUCAGGCAGAGCCUGAGAAUGGACAACAUAGCAAGGAAAACAUGGAAUGCAUCAAAACAAAACAAGAAAAUAAGGCAUUUUUUAAACUCAAAAAAGAAGAGCAUCAUCCUCCAACAGAAACAGAAGCAUCCUGUAACUCAAAACCAGCCCAUGAGAACAGGGGGCAGGAACCAGAGGCUGAACCUGAGGAGGAGACUGAUGGAAACAACAUGUCAUCCAUUAUUUAUGAGAUUCCAAAGGAGCCUGAAAAGAGGCGGCGGAGCAAAAGAGGUCGUGUCAUAGAUGCAGAUGGUAUGUUGGAGAUGUUCCACUGUCCUUAUGAAGGAUGCACCCAAGUCUAUGUAGCACUUAGUAGCUUCCAGAAUCAUGUUAAUCUUGUUCAUCGGAAAGGAAAAACGAAGGUGUGCUCACACCCAGGUUGUGGCAAAAAGUUUUACCUAUCUAAUCAUCUCCGAAGACACAUGAUAAUCCAUUCAGGGGUCCGGGAAUUUACCUGUGAGACUUGUGGAAAAUCCUUCAAGCGGAAGAAUCAUCUGGAGGUCCAUCGUCGAACACAUACUGGAGAGACCCCUCUCCAGUGUGAGAUUUGUGGCUAUCAGUGUCGUCAGAGGUCUUCUCUCAACUGGCAUAUGAAGAAGCAUACUUCAGAAGUCCAAUAUAACUUUACUUGCGAGAACUGUGGCAAACGUUUUGAGAAGCUGGACAGUGUCAAGUUCCACAAACUAAAGAGCCACCCAGACCAUAAGACUGCCUGACCCUGAUCCUGAAUUACUUUAAUUAUUGUUGCUCCAAAUACCUAAACCAGUUGAGGGCAUGUCUUACAUAGUCACAACUGAAGACAUAGUGUGUGCUACCCCCAGCACAAGGGUCUAUUAGGUUAGGAUGAAGACUUUUAAGACCAGAUGAUGAAUGACAAAAACUUCUGAUAUGCAAGUGUGCUCGGUGUUCUGAUAGCAUAAAGUUAAAACAUCUGACUGGAGAUUAUGGUGCUAAAUUGUCCUGUUUCUCAAGGGGAAAAGAACAGCGAAGCAACAGCCAAGAAUAAUCUUAUCCAAUUAAAGUAUCAGUACUAUGCUAUCCGCUGGCAGCACCGUCUACAUUUUAACCACCUGAUACUUGAUCUGAAGGAGGAGUACAGUAUGAAAGGUCUAGUUGCAUAUCAUUUAACUAUGGAGAGACUACUUCCAAUGUAUAGCUGCAGGUCUAGUUCAAGUGAAUGUUGUAUAUCUAUUGACAACUGAAAGAAAAUUAUUGGCUGAUAUGCAUUAAUUCAAUUUCCUUGAAAUAGUUGGUUGAACAUAGUCAUAUAUUGGUCUAAGCAUGGUUCUGUUUCAGGAACUAUUUUCCCUUCAACAUUCAGGGCUAUUGCAUUUGAAGACAAUCUAGAGUUGGCAUUUGUACCUGUUUUCUUGAAAUAUUGGUGUUAUAUAAAGCACAGAUUCUGAUACUGGGUAGACUUGGAUUCCAGCUCUAAGUUGCUUUAUUAUUCCGGUUAUCUGUGGCCAUCCUCUAUAGUUUGCUAUAUUCAUAGCCUUGUUUGCAAAUAAGGAAUUUCUAAAAUUUAA